AUGUGGAAAGGCAUUGAGAUUACACGAGGGGUGGAUUCCACAACUCAUUCACAGUUUGAUGAUGAUACUUGUCUUUUUGGGGUGGCCUCAAUGCAUGAAGCAAUGGUUAUAAAGAAAGUAUUGGAUAGUUAUAGUUGGGCUACUGGACAGGAAAUUAAUUGGGAUAAAUCAGAAAUCUUCUUCUUCCACACUGAAGUUGGGUCACAAAGAGCAAUCACCAGAUUGUUUGGGAUUAAGAUUGGUCAGCUUCCAGGGAAAUUCCUUGGUAUGCCAUUUUUUGUUGGAGCUGGCAAGGCAGAAAUUUGGAAAGGAUUACUUGAUGGGUGUAAAGCAAAGAUGGAGGGUUGGAAGACCAAGUGGAUCUCUUUGGCUGGUCGUCUUCUGAUGCUGAAGACUGUUGUAUCGGCUAUGCCUAUUUUCCCUAUGGCAUGUUUUAAACUCCCUGGUUUGGUCAUUAAGAGUAUGCAACAAAAGAUGAGGAAAUUUUUAUGGAAUGGAAAUCAGGAGCAGGACAAAAUCCUGCUCAUGGCUUGGGACAAAGUGUGCAAACCCAAAGGAGGAGGAGGUGCAUGGCUUCGCGAUUGGAGACUUAUUAACGAGGCUAUGGGGGCCAAAUUGGAGAUGGGAAAAAGGCAUGCUUCUGGCAGGACUCUUGGGAUGGGCGACCAUCGUUGGAUUCCCAGUCCCCCCAGCAGAUAA